AUACGUAAAUCGUCCACUCGGUGGCAGUGUAGCGUGCAGUGGGGUGUAGUAGUGACGCAGCAGAAGAAGAAAUCCUCCUGUUGUGAUGCUAACAGAACGUGUGCUCUGAUACUGUUCUGUACCUCAGAUAUAAGAAGUUGUGGAGAAGACAACAUCUGGCAGCUAAUGAAAAAGUCAAACUACGUUACCAAGGAUGGGAACGCUCCUCUGCACCUUUUUCCUUGAGAAGUCUGGCCAUGUGUGAUCCAAAAGUAACACCUGAGGAGAUCAACCCUCUCCAGCUGGAGUUACAGACCCUCACGGCCUCCUCCAAGGAUUUGGGUUACUCAGAGAGAGGUCUACUUAAGCUGGGCCCUCAGGUCUGCAGUGGUACUGCCUCCACAUGCUCAACCACGUCCUGAAGGCCAACUCUCAAGUACUGUCACAAAAUGCCCAGCUGAAGGAGCAGAGAAGAACAUCUGCAGCUGAGUUCCAGGAACAACACAGAGAACAGGGACUGAGCAUGUCUGAGUCUGCAUGAGGCCAAAGGCAAGAAGAGGUAGUUGUGAACAACAACAAGAAAUUCAAAGAGGAGUUUGGCCGGGAUGCAGACCAAAAGCAGUUGAACCUACGCAUACCUGAUGAUCACCACGUCACCAUCUUUGAUGGGGUGUCCACUGUGAGAAACACACCUCUGACAUCAUCAUCUCAUCUCCAUUGAGGCUGCACUCCGUUCUGAGAGCAUAAGGAGAAAAGAAGCGACUUAGACUUUCUGUCAUCCAUGGAGCUGCUGGUGGUGGAUCAGCCAGACAUCUUCCUCAUGCAGA